AGUGCCACAACAGAGCCGGUAUCUCCAACUGAUACUGAAGCUACAACAGAGUCUGAUAUAACUGCUUCUAUUGUCACAACAGACGCAGUAUCAUCAACUGAUACCGAAGCUACAACAGAGCCUGAUAUAACUGCUACUAGUUUCACAACACAUCCGGUAUCUCCAACUGAUACUGAAGCAACAACAGAGUCUGAUGUAACAGCUACUAGUGCCACAACAGAGCCGGUAUCUCCAACUGAUACUGAAGCUACAACAGAGUCUGAUAUAACUGCUUCGAUUGUCACAACUGAAGCGGUAUCAUCAACUGAUACUGAAGCUACAACAGAGUCUGAUAUAACAGCUACUAGUGACACAACAGAGCCGGUAUCUCCAACUGAUACUGAAGCCACAACAGAGUCUGAUAUAACUGCUACUAGUGUCACAACAGAGCCGGUAUCUUCGACUGAUACUGAAGCUACAACAGAGUCUGAUAUAACUUCUACUAGUGUCACAACUGAAACGAUAUCACCAACUGAUACUGAAGCAACAACAGAGUCCGAUAUAACAGCUACUAGUGUCCCAACUGAAACGAUAUCUCCAACUGAUACUGAAGCAAUAACAGAGUCUGAUAUUACUGCUUCUAUUGUCACAACAGAGGAGGUAUCACCAACUGAUACUGAAGCAAUAACAGAGUCCGAUAUUACUGCUACUAGUGUCACAACAGAGCCGGUAUCUCCAACUGAUACUGAAGCUACAACAGAGUCUGAUAUAACAGCUACUAGAAGUGUCACAACUGAAACGAUAUUUCCAACUGAUACUGAAGCCGUAACAGAGUCUGAAAUAACUUCUACUAGUGUCACAACAGAGGCAGUACUACCAACUGAUGCUGAAGCUACAACAGAGUCUGAUAUAACUGCUACUAGUGUUACAACUGAAACAAUAUCUCCGACUGAUACUGAAGCUACAACAGAGUCUGAUUUAACUGCUUCUAUUGUCACAAAAGACGCCGUAUCAUCAACUGAUACUGAAGCUACAACAGAGCCUGAUAUAACUGCUUCUAUUGUCACAACUGAAGCGGUAUCUCCAACUGAUACUGAAGCUACAACAGAGUCUGAUGUAACAGCUACUAGUGACACAACAGAGCCGGUAUCUCCAACUGAUACUGAAGCCACAACAGAGUCUGAUAUAACUGCUACUAGUGUCACAACAGAGCCGGUAUCUCCGACUGAUACUGAAGCCACAACAGAGUCUGAUAUAAUUGCUAGUAGUGUCACAACGGAGCCGGUAUCUCCGACUGAUACUGAAGCUACAACAGAGUCUGAUAUAACAGCUACUAGUGUCACAACAGAGCCGGUAACUCCAACUGAUACUGAAGCAACAACAGAGUCUGAUAUAACUGCUACUAGUUUCACAACAGGGCUGGUAUAUCAAACUGAUACUGAAGCUACAACAGAGUCUGAUAUAACAUCUACUAGUGUCACAACAGAGCCGGUAACUCCAACUGAUACUCAAGCUACAACUGAGUCUGAUAUAACUGCUACUAGUGCCACAACUGAUACGAUAUCUCCAAGUGAUACUGAAGCUACAACAGAGUCUGAUGUAACAGCUACUAGAUUCACAACAGACUCGGUAUCACCAACUGAUACUGAAGCAGCAACAGAGUCUAAUAUAACUGUUUAUAUUGUCACAACUGAAGCGGUAUCUCCAACUGAUACUGAAGCUACAACAGAGUCUGAUGUAACAGCUACUAGUGUCACAACAGAGCCGGUAUCUCCGACUGAUACUGAAGCUACAACAGAGUCUGGUAUAACUGCUUCUAUUGUCACAAAAGACGCCGUAUCAUCAACUGAUACUGAAGCUACAACAGAGCCUGAUAUAACUGCUUCUAUUGUCACAACUGAAGCGGUAUCUCCAACUGAUACUGAAGCUACAACAGAGUCUGAUGUAACAGCUACUAGUGACACAACAGAGCCG